AUUCAGUUGAAGAGGCAAUUGCAAGUCAUGAGUUGGUUAAGUCCAUUGAUUCUUCCCCUUCCAAAAUGAUUUCUAUUACUGAAAUGGCACCAGUUGAGGAGACUGUUAAUUCAGCUUCUGACCCUGCUGUUACUUCAAUUAAGGCCAUGAAUUUUGUUUCUGAGGUAGAAAAGAGCGAUAGUGGAAGUGUAUUACUAGAGAAGUCAGUGGUCCAUCCUGCAGAAGCGACCAACUUUGCUAUGAAGGUAAAUGAGGACAAUGCAUACUCCUUAACUAAUCAGAAUGUGACAACAUCAAGUGUAAAGGAACCUAAGCCAAAGGAAUGUGAUAAUGAAGUGUUAGCUUCACUGUCUGCUAGUCCUUUCACUAAAUUUACUAAUGGUGCAGAAAAUAUUAAGGAUUCCAAGACUGCAGAG